CAAAAAGUGGCAAAAAUAUAAUAGCAAAAAAUAGAAAACGAAACAAUUUAAUAAUCUGUAAGUUUGUAAAGUUUGUUUUAAUAUAAAUGGUGUUGAAUUGAAUAUUGUAUUUUUGAAUAAUUCUGAGACCAUAUGGCAUAUCGCUGACCAUAUCCUGUCAUAUAUCUGCCUACCAAGAAAUCGGAUGAGAGAGCCGAGGGCGCUGGGAAAGUCAAAUUAUGUUUCAUCAUAGUACUACGCAUAUGGGUCAGGCGACAAAGCGAUUGGUUUUUAGCGUUAAAUGGAGGGCAAAUGCCUUAAAUUUUCUUUAUACAUGUACCAGAGGAAUGAAACCACAGAAUGCAACCCAUAAAUUUUGCCAAAAGGAUUCCAUUGCCCUACCACUUUUACCCAAACGAUUUAAUGGAUUAGGAAAUUUUCCUGGAAUCCAAAGAACAUUUCAUUUCAAAACCUCAGUGUUAAGAAAUGCUAGAUUAAAAUCACUGAACCCCACGAAUAGCUAUAUUUUAUGUCGGGAUUUCCAUUUGAGUGAACGUCGCAGAGCGGCACCUAUUUUGCCUGUGAUUGGAGCAUUCUUAGCAAGAUUCUCUGGUCCGAUUGCUCAGCUUCUGAAAUUAAUGGCAGUUGUUGCUGGAAGGUAAAUGUAAAUUAUAGUAAUUAGAUUCAUAAUUAAUUCAUGAAGUAAAUAAUUAACUCAAAUUAAUGAAUAUAUUAAGUGUUGAUUCUAUUUAAUUAUCUAAUUAAUGGCCCAAUUAACUUUAUAAUCAAUUGCUGAAGUAAGUACCCAAUUAAAUAUCAACACAUGCAAAGUCAUAUCAGUUAGAUCCAUAUUCACAAGAUUGUAAGUGCCAUUUGGCUUAAUUUAUAAUAACAUAAAAUUAGUGAGUAAAAUUUUGUCAAGGGGGGGGGGGUGCCCCUGCUCCUCCUCCCCUCAUGUAUUAUGGCCCUGCCAGUGAGACUUGGGUAAGCCAUAACUUGAUAACUUACAUUUCUAAACAUCUUCACAGAACAUUUCGUAAAUGGUGGAAAAAGCUUCCAGAUCAACAAAAAGAAAAACUAAAAAAACAUUUAUUUUUGAGAAAAGAACUUAUUGCCGGAAUUAUCAGUAUUUUUACUGGUGGCUGGCUAUUUCUAUAUUACAUACAUCUUGAAGAAACCCCAUACACCAAGCGGUCUCGUUAUGUCGGCGUCAACCCCAAACAGAUUCGAGAAAUUGCUGAAAGCCAGUGGAGGCAAUUACUAGAGAGUUAUGCAGAGAAUAUUGUCCCUGUCACACACCCGGAUCACAAGCGAGUGUUUGAGAUCACAGAGAGGUUGAUUAUGGCAAAUACGGAUGAAAUGAUUGACCAUAUGAACUGGGAGGUUAAUGUGAUAUCUUCGGAUGAAAUAAAUGCAUUUGUAUUACCUGUAAGUUACAAAAUGUUGGGGGCAUUGUUGGCAGUGUGGUUACUCGACCACAUGUCCCUUCCACAUACUGUAUGUAACCAGGAUUUGGCUACUGUAAUACAUAUUUGCUUGGAAAAAUUCACCUUGUUUGCAUGCAAGAAGAGUCAGUGGCGGAAAUCUUGGUGGGGUGAGCGACUGCCCCCCCCCCCCACCUUCACGGAAAAUGGACAAAUUUUCAGAACUUUUGACCUAAAAGAUGGCUAAAAACAGUCUUUGCGAGUGCAAAUGGGGGGGUUUGUCGGAAAUUUGAACGUUUUGUCGGAAAUUUAGGAGGCUUUGCCCCCCCCCCCCAGGAAAAAGUGAAUUUCCGCCACUGAGAGGAGUGCUUCCAGUUUGACUUGACAAAAUACAACAGUUUUUUGCGCAUGUCUUCAGAAAUGGCAGAAACUCUUAUGGAUCCAGACAAAAUUUCUGAAAAAAUAUUUCCAAGUUUAUAUAUACAAGUUGUUGGGAAGAUUACUUUGAAUUUUAGGUUAACUUACAGCUUUCGAACAACUGACCCUUGUAGUAUAUCAAUGGACCAAUUAGAGAAUGCCCCAUAAUAGACCUCUAGGCUGACCAAUAAAGGAUGACACUUACUGCCAAGAACAAUUAAUGUAGCCAUGUGGAACACUAGAACUGACAGAGCUAUCCAGCAUAAAGUUAGUUUAGUUUUUAGUUAAAAUAGGAAUUUCUUUUUUGUUUAGAAUGGCCAAAUGUUUGUAUUCAGUGGCCUGUUAAGAUUUCUUAAUGAUGACAACUCACUAUCUAUUAUUCUGGGACACGAAAUUGCACACGCAAUAUUGCAACAUUCAGUAAGUACCACAUACGUGAAACCAGGAACCAUAGGCCUUAUAUACUGUGUUGAUAAACGCCAUUUCCACUGAGCAGGAAAAUUUCCCGCAGAAAAAAAUUUUUGAAGUUGAAAAUUUUCAACUUAUAACAAUGAUAUUUUCGGAAAAUUUUCCGUCCGUGGAAAUUUUUCUUGAGUGCAAAUGGGCCUUUACAAACUCCAUAUAAAAUCACAGUAUAAACCCAGUUUCCCAACCGGGAAUCCAUCGUCUGAUCGAGUGUCUCGUUUGGGCGAUUCCAGCAGCUGAGUGGUGGAGCUAGAGCGCUGGUCAUCGUCUUCUUUCCCGCUUUCAAAAACUCACGCUCUUCAUUUUAGGCUGAGCAGUUGUGUUUCAACGGAUUUGUCAACUUAAUAAAGAUUGUAUUAUUGGCGACAAUAUGGGCGCUGAUUCCAAACGACUUUUUGGCAUUUCUUACACAGUCCAUUCAGAAUGCCAUCCUUGGGGUAAGGCCAAUCUUUUCGCCCCUUUGAAAAGCGUUUUUAGUUCAAUACUCUUUGCUUUGAUAAGCCAUUGGUGAGCGCAUUUUCCCAAUAAACAGUAUUGUCCAAAGCAGGAUUAGCGCUAACCCUCGCCUCGGUUAAAAUUCAACCUGCUGUUUUAGUUUAUGUAUUUCUGCACGUCUAUUAAAAAUUUCAAAACUUCAGAGAAGAAAACUCCUGCUGAUUGAGACAAAAUUUCUGAAGAAAUCUUUCCAAAUGUCUAAACAAGCGCUAGGACUAGUUUGCUUGGAAUUUUAGCUUAACUUAGGGUUAAGCUACGGUAAUCGACUUCUGAUCAACUGGCCCCAGAAAUAAAGCGUGCGAAGCGUGUUCCUGAUUGCGUUUCACCAGAGCGUAGUAAAACACGUAUAAAACAUAGUAUAUCCAAAUUGUGUCCCAUUCAUGUCUAAAGCUUUAUUCUACGGCCUAAAAUUCUCAGUCACAUUUUGUCAACAACACAGUCAACAUUUGUCAAUAAUGUUAACGAAAUUUGAUUGUUUCAUUUGAAAUUAGCUGUUUUGGCAUUUGCCAUACUCUCGCACACUGGAAGAAGAAGCUGACAGAGUUGGUCUCUAUUUUGCUGCUAAGGUUAGAUUUCUAAAUUUUAUACUGCCUAUACUGACAUUUCAAUCGAAAUUUAUAUUUUCCGAUUUUUUGACAACAUGAUUCAGGGUUCCCAAUAGAAUUUGGAGUAGGAGGCAUUUCGAAAGAAGUAGACGUCUAUGUGGUGUCGAAGGUACCACUCGCCUGGGGGAGGGGGGUCCGAGGGCAUCUCUGUGUGAAGAUUCUGAAUUUUGGAGAGUUAGGUUUUGGAGGUUUUGUCAUUUUAUCCAAAUAUUUAACAAAAACUGUUGUGUAAAAUUUAUGUUAGAAAAGCAAGAGACCUUCGGUUAGAGCACUUACAAUCUACGUAAUGAUCAGCAUAUUAACUUAAUUAAUUGUAAGACUACAAGAUUUAGUAAAAGUUUUAUUCCUUCUAGUAUCGUAUCAUAUAAUGAUUCAUUUUAAUUGUAAUAUAAAUUUUAGUUUUAAUAUACCGUAUAUUACUAUAUGUAUUAGGGACCGUUCAUUAUUUAUACCUGGGGUUGGUACCGAAGAGAAGCGAAAAACACUGUAAUUUUUUUAUUUACCCAACCUCAACAUUGGUCAAAAUAAUGUUUACCCAACCCAUGUGUUACUGUACUUAAUAAUUAAACACACAAGAUUAUAUGGUGACAGAAAUCAAGUUGCCUAAAUUUUAAAAGCUCACUCAGACUCAAACUCACUGAGUGUGCCAAUGGAACCACGUUCCUGCUGAUCAAUAAUAGAGUCCUUCCUCAAUCACUGAUGGUCUACUUUGGUACAAAAUGUAUUGUGCACAUUUUUCUUCAUAUUUUCCAAUGCAUGGUAAUUUCGGUUUUAUUUUAUAGCUGACAGACAGCCACAAAUUUUUUUACCCAACCCAUGAGCUAGUCAAAAACUUGAUUACCCAACCCAUAUCUCUUCGGUACCAACCCCGGGUGUAAAUAAUGAACGGUCCCUUAGUUUUACCAUGUAUUUUAAAUGUCAACUCUAUACAAUUCUGCUCUUAGCUGCCAUUCAGAUUUUGUAAUAAAUUCAAUUCAAUCGCAGGGCCGCAGGUUUGAUUCCUGCUAGAGGGCAUAUAGUUGCAUUUUUUGCAACUGUUCCUGGUUAGGUAUAAUAAAUGUAUAAAAGUUAUACUAAAAAUUUCCAUCUACGAAUCUUUUCUAUAGGCAAUUCCAGCUUUUAGUUUAUGCGUGCAGGGGACGAUGGGAAGUAAGGUAUCACAUUGCUGAAUAUGCUGAAAAAAUAAAAAUGGUGGCCGUGUAAACACGGAGUGAUAGCUUAUACUUGUAAAUAUUGAAAUAUUUCGGUUGUUUCGGUAGUUUUUAUUGAAAUUUUUCAGCAUAAUCAGCAAUAUGAUACCUUACUUCCCAUCAUCCCCUGCAGGCAUAAACUAAUAGCUGGAAUUGCCUAUUGGGAACCCUGUGAUUUUCUACAAUACUCGACAUUUCCUCAUCCAGAGCGCGUUUAACAUAAUUUAUUUUCCAGGCGUGUUUUGACGUUCGAGAAGGUCCCAAAGUUUGGCAAAAAUUUGGCGCUCUUGAAAAACUUGCAGACAUUCCCAGUGUGGAGUGGCUGUCAACUCAUCCCUCACAUGAGAAUCGAGAACGUAACUUAGAAACCAUCGUUCCUGAGGUGAGGAUAAUACGAAUCCAGCUUUUUUCAAGGUUUAGCCAAGGAAGUAUCUGUGACGUCAUUAGCAAGCGAGUCAAGCGACGGCCCUGGGACACAAGUAUUUGUGUUGACAUACAGUAUGUUUAUAGAAUGAUUUUGCCUAGCGAAAUGCUCAACUUCUGCGAAAUAGCAGUUCUCUUUAGUCGUCUAACCCAGAGCCUAAUUUUCAACGAGUGACAGAGAGAGACGAGACUGUGUUUAUGUCAGUUUGUGGUAAUUUUCAACACAUAUGACAAAACACAAGAUAAAGUUUUUUACUUCGUUACACGAGCGCUGUGAUGCCCGUGUUGACAAAAACGUUGCUUGCUUAAGCUCCCGUAACAUCGAAAGAGUGCAUUGUAUUCCAGCGGUUAAAUUAAUAGUUUUCAUUUUGUUUUUAAGACUGUACAGACUACGGAAAGCAGUCAAAAGAUCAUGUCCAACCUUUGGUGUUGACUUAUAGUCGAAAAUUACAAUCAUCCAAACAUGGAAUUCCUCUUCUCUGCCUCUUCAAUACCAUCCUCAGUCUUUAUAACAAACGAUACCUAGAAAUAAUAGAAAAUAUUCUUUUGUGUUUUGUAGGCAUUGGCUUUACGGAAAAUGUGCAAGUGUCCAGAUCUGACAGGUAAACCCCAUUACUUGCUACACAAUAUUUACAGCCGCGUAUGGUGGUGGCACUUCAUUUUCGACACUUGCUGGAACCAUGGAUAAUAAAAUAAAUGGAUUG